AUGAUGAAGCUUCAUCUAUUGGUUGUUUUAUUAUUUGUUGCAAUUCAUGCAGAAGAAACCAAAUAUACUGAUAAGUAUGAUAAUAUUGAUGUAGAUGAGAUUUUACAUAGCGAUAGAUUGUUGAAGAAUUACUUCAAUUGCCUUAUGGAUAGAGGCAGGUGCACACCAGUUGGCUCUGAAAUUAAGAAAAAUCUACCAGACUCGUUGGAAAACGAGUGUCAGAAGUGCAGCGAAAAACAGAAAAACAUCGGCAAGAAAAUCCUGAAAUACAUGAUCGAACAAAAACGUGAAAUGUUCGACGAAGUCGAAAAAAAGUACGACCCAAACGGAGUGUACCGUAAGCGUUACGAGGCUGAUUUAAAGAAAAUCGGUAUAAAGUUGUAA